AUUAUAUUUUUUUUCCCAUAAUUAUUUUCGAAAGUAAUUAGUGAGAAAGCUGUGACCCUAAGAAGUUUUCACUUGACCCACCAGAAUCUCAUUGCAUUCAUGCACGAUAGUUAAAUCUAUUACAAGCUGGUUUUUUUUUCAGCACCAACAGAGUAAAUCACAAUACAAGCCAUGAAGAAAAACAAUGCACAGCAGCCGGCUCUGCACAAAGUUAUAAUGGUGGGUAGCGGUGGUGUAGGCAAAUCUGCCCUUACCCUUCAGUUCAUGUACGACGAGUUUGUAGAAGAUUAUGAACCGACUAAAGCUGAUUCGUACCGUAAAAAAGUAGUCCUAGAUGGUGAAGAAGUUCAAAUUGAUAUACUGGACACAGCCGGCCAGGAAGAUUAUGCUGCCAUUCGUGACAAUUAUUUUCGCAGUGGUGAAGGAUUUUUGUGUGUAUUUUCCAUAACAGAAGAUGACAGUUUUCAAUCAACAAUGGAGUUUAGAGAACAAAUUCUACGAGUGAAGAAUGAUGAAAAUAUCCCCUUUUUAUUAGUUGGUAAUAAAGGAGACUUGACAGAUAAGCGAAAAGUGUCAUUGAAUGAAGCUCAGUCUAGGGCUCAAGAAUGGGGAGUGCCAUAUGUUGAAACAUCAGCUAAGACAAGAGAUAAUGUUGAUAAGGUAUUUUUUGACUUGAUGCGCGAAAUUCGUGCUCGCAAGAAGGAAGAUGUGAAGGGAGCAAAUGGCAAGGGUAAAGACAAAGGUAGACGAAAGAAGUUGAAAUGUAAUAUAUUGUGAAAAGUUAAAACCCUCAACAUCUCUGGAAUUUAAUUCAAUAUUAUUUAUUAUAAUUUUUAAUACUAUGCAAUCAAUUAUUUUGAUUUCGAUUAUAAUGUCUUUCUCCUAAAUAUAUAUCAAGGAUUUUAAUUUUAUAUGAUUUUAUAGUAAGAUGUGUAUUAUCUUUUUUUCUCAGACAUUAAAAUUCUUCUUUCCUAAUCUUUAAUAUAUAAAUAUUAUAUUAUAUUAUAUCCAAUGUGUUCCAAAUGACUAGAAAUAUUUAUUAUGGGCUAAUUAUAAAAAAAAUUCCAAACUUCUUGAACACAUUGUAUGUGUAUGUAUAUAUUACAUAUAUAUUAUUGCUUAAUACUUAAUAUAAAAUUUGAAAUCCAUUCACAUAUAUUUAUUUUAUGUAUUAUUUUUAUACAAUUUUAUUAUAUCAUUUUAAAG